AUGGACUCGCUUCUGAGAAUGUUGGACGACUUGCUUCCGAGAGAUUUGAAAGUGAUCGCCGAGGGCCAGUCGAUCGAAUUUCAUACAACCGUUUUGGCGUGCAGGUGCAUAGAAACUAGUUAAUCUCAUCCUGUUUUCGAAAUUCGAGAGAUAAUAUAAAAAAACUUCAGAUCUCCCGUCUUCGAGCAUAUUUUCGCAGCAUAUCCGGAUAAACCAGUGAGUUUGGGUCUUAGAAGCGAUCUUUUGAAAACUGAAGUUAUUUCAAUGAUUGUUUUCUUUCAGAUAGUUCUCCGUCUCGAUGACGUAGAAUUCGCUGUUUUGAAAAGUGUUUCCGACUAUGUUUAUGAUGAGAAGAUCGAUGAUGAUUAUAAAAUGCAAUGCAAAAUGUACGCAUUUGCCAAGAAGUAUCACAUGGAGGCCCUCAAGAACGAAUGUCUGAGGCUUCUCACUGAAUCGGUGCGGGACCAGAACGCUUUUGCCCUGGCGGUGUUCGCUUACCAUAACGAGUGUGACGACUUGCGCUUGAAAGCUAUCUCGGUAACUUUUUGGAGGAAUCACCUGACGAAAAUAUAUCUUUGCACGGCUUGAAACGGCUUGGAAUCGCAGUUCAUGUGCAGUAGCCUGUGCGGGCUUGAGUCAGACCAGAUUUUCAAAAAAACAAUUUUCAAAUCUUCAUCAAAUUUGAAAUAUAUUUGAUUUUUCAACGGAAAUCCUAAGUUCUCUAAAAAAAUGCGAAAAAUAUCCGAAUUGGUGCCAAAAACGCUUCGCGCAUGAAUUGCAAAAUGCCGCAGCCGUUUCAAGUUUAUGAAAAAAAUAAUUAUAAAUCGGUAUAUUCUAAUUCCAGAUAUUGUCCGUGUCUAACGAGAAGCUCUCGAAAGUUGACGGCUGGGGCGAAUUUAUCGCUGUCCGGCCCCUCGUUGAUGAACUUCGAUUUGCCUUUUAUACUACCAGGUUUUCGUGAAAUCAUUGAGAUAUUCACAGAGUUUCGAUUUCAGGGAAGAUUGGCGCUAA